UCUACUUGGCUUACAUUGAAAACCCGCAUUUCAUUCCCACCUUUCUCCCGCAGAGCCAAGGGUAACACCUCACCUCACCUCACCUCAUCCACUCACCCAGCCUAACACUAGUACUGCUGCUGCUGCCGCCCUCCGCCACAUCACGACUUGCUCCUUGCCGCCAUGGCUUCGGCUACUCUCUCUGUAGCCAAUCCUUCCCUUCAGGCGAACUGUAAAGGGUUCUCGGAAUUCUCAGGCCUCCGCAACUCCAUCGGCCCUCUUCCCUUCGCCAAAAAGACCCCUCAUGAUGAUUUCCUUUCGGUCAUUGCCUUCCAGACCUCUGCAGUUGGUGGGAAGGGAAACAAGAGAGGAGUGGUGGAGGCAAAGCUGAAGGUAGGGAUCAAUGGAUUCGGGAGGAUAGGAAGGAACUUCCUCAGGUGUUGGCACGGGAGGAAGGAUUCCCCUCUCGACAUCAUCGCCAUCAACGACACUGGUGGUGUCAAGCAGGCGUCCCACCUCCUCAAGUACGACUCCACGCUCGGCAUCUUCGACGCCGACGUCAAAUCCGUUGGCGACAACGGCAUCUCCGUCGACGGGAAGGUCAUCAAGGUAGUAUCGAACCGGAACCCGCUGAACCUGCCCUGGAAGGAACUCGGGGUGGACCUGGUCAUCGAGGGGACCGGAGUCUUCGUCGACAGGGAUGGCGCGGGGAAGCACAUCCAGGCGGGUGCGAAGAAGGUGCUCAUCACCGCUCCCGGAAAGGGCGACAUUCCCACCUACGUGGUUGGGGUGAACGCCGACGCCUACAACCCGGAGGAGCCAAUCAUCAGCAACGCCUCCUGCACCACCAACUGCCUGGCACCCUUUGUCAAGGUGCUGGACCAGAAGUUUGGCAUCAUCAAGGGAACCAUGACCACCACCCAUUCCUACACGGGAGACCAGAGGCUCCUCGACGCCAGCCACCGUGACCUGCGCCGUGCCCGCGCCGCCGCUCUUAAUAUCGUCCCCACGUCCACUGGGGCCGCGAAGGCUGUCGCCCUUGUGCUUCCCACCCUCAAGGGGAAGCUCAACGGCAUCGCCCUCCGGGUCCCCACACCGAACGUGUCCGUGGUGGACUUGGUGGUCCAGGUUUCGAAGAAGACGUUCGCGGAGGAGGUGAAUGCGGCCUUCAGGGACAGCGCCGAGAAGGAGCUGAAUGGGAUACUCUCCGUCUGCGACGAGCCCCUGGUCUCGGUCGACUUCAGGUGUUCGGACGUGUCCUCCACGGUUGACUCCUCACUCACAAUGGUCAUGGGUGACGACAUGGUCAAAGUCAUCGCCUGGUACGACAAUGAGUGGGGUUACUCCCAGAGGGUCGUCGAUUUGGCUGACAUCGUCGCCAACAACUGGAAGUGAUUCGAUUCUCUCUCUCUCUCUCUCUCUCUCUCUCUCUCUCAAGUCUCUCUCGUCUCCAUAUAAACAGACGAUAGGCCCAGCCAUAGCCAUUUUUACCUUGUCUUUUUUUUUAUUUUAUUUUUUGGGGUGAAAUCCUAAAUUAAGUAGAGCAAGAUGUUUAUUAUUGUCCACGUACAUUGUAUUGAAACUUUUAAUUUCUUUGGCUCUGGGCUUUUCUCUCA